AGUACUAUCUCUCUCUUUCAAGAAUCAUGAAGAGACCAAGAGGAACCCAAAGCACUUGUUUGCUUGUUUGGGGUCUUGUUGCAGCUUUGCUUUCCCAGAACUUGGUUUUUCCUGCCUUUUCUGCAACCUUUCAAGAUGAAAAGAACUUUUUCUAUUUCCCUCCAUACCCUGGUGUUGUUGGAUCUCCACCAGUUGUGAUCCCCAGUCCUCCCAUUGUCGACCCUUCUCCACCAGUUGUCCCCACUCCUCCCAUUGUCGACCCUUCUCCACCCAUAGGUUACUCUAAUAGUCCACCUCCUACUCAUGGCUCAGGAGGAAGCACACCACCGGCUCAUCAUACACCGUCUCACGGUAGUGGUAGUGGUGGUGGCCACCAUGGACAUGGAGGAACCCCUCCCAAGAACUGCGGAAACCCUACACCUCAUCACUCACCACCAAAGCAUGUCGACCCUUCGCCUCCCCAUCACAACCCUUCUCCAGCUACUCCAACAUAUCACUACAGCCCACCACCCAGUGGUGGUGGUAGUGGUGGCAACGGUGGUAAUGGUGGUAAUGGUGGUAAUGGCGGCAGCGGUGGUCCUGGUGGUAGUGGUGGCAGCGGAACGCCCCCAACGGUACUUCCACCCACCACUCCUGGUUUGCCAUAUCCAUCACCUCCAUUUGACCCGAAUUCACCCCCCAUUGGUGGUACAUGCGAUUUCUGGAGGAACCACCCAGGGGUCAUCUGGGGUCUGUUUGGGUGGUGGGGAACGACGGUAGGCACAGCCUUCGGCGUUACUACUCUUCCCGGAACCGGAGCACAUCUCAACUUGGUGCAAGCACUGUCAAACACCCGAACAGAUGGCAUUGGUGCACUUUACAGGGAAGGAACGGCUUCCCUACUAAACUCCAUGGUCAACAAGAACUUCCCGUACACAACCAGCCAUGUCAAAGACAGUUUCGUGGCUGCUGUCGGAUCCAACAAGGCUGCCGCAGCUCAGGCUCGGGUGUUCAAGCUGGCGAACGAGGGUCAUAUGAAGCUUAGAAACUAAGAUAUAUAGCAUUUAUGUGUUUUCAGUUUAAUUGCAUGAUUAGUAUUCAGUGGUUUAAUUUCUCUUGUGUCUUUACGUUUGGAAGCUUGUUAUGCAGUUUUUUAUUUAUUUAAAUUUCUUAUUUAAUGUGUCGGGGUUUAGGUUCCUCAUUAUUUAUUAAUGUCCACUUUUAUACCAUAUUUUACAUGGAUUAUUUAUAUGUCA